UUAUUGUUGAAUGUUUAUGUUAUUCUAGACGAAUCUGACCAUUUAGCUGCUGAAAAUACCGACGAUUCUAGUCGGGAUGCAGGGGAUAAAUCUGGUGCACCUUUACGUGAACAAGAUAGAUUUCUACCAAUUGCGAAUGUUGCCAAAAUAAUGAAGAGAGCUAUUCCAGAAUCAGGAAAAAUAGCAAAAGAUGCUAGAGAGUGUGUUCAGGAGUGCGUAUCAGAAUUUAUAAGCUUUAUAACCGCUAUUAUUCUUACAGUUCUGCUUAUUUGCCCACUUUUUUAUUAUAUCCAUGUUAUUUAG